GUGUGUGUGUGUGNGUGUGUGUGUGUGUGUGUGUGUGUGUGUGUGUGUGUGUGUGUGUGUGUGUGUGUGAAAGUAGCUAUUGAUGUGUUGUUGCAGUUUUUCUAUAGUAGAAACCAAAAUGCAGGUAUCAAGGCUGGAGAAACUAGAGGAAGAGUAGAGCCUUAGUAAAAAAAAAUAAAAAAAAUAGGGUUGACCAGGCAACACUGUGCUAACUUUAUAAAAAAAAAACACUGAAGCACAAAGAAACAAAUAUGGAUCAGUUACAAAAAAUAAAGAAAGAAUGUCAGCUGAGUGUAUUUCUGCCAGGAGGAGUGAUUACUGAGUGGGAACAGGUGAGUAGAAUGAACAGACACAGAGCAGGUGUGAAUGCUGAGCUGAAUGCCAGGAUGACUGAGAGAAACUGGCCAGUGACACAGAGACCGUGCUGGCUCUUCUUCAGGCCCUGUCAGGGUCCCCGGACCUCAGUUUGGGAUUCCUCUCCCGGAAGUGGGCGGUGGAGUCACCGUCACCACACUGGUCACACCACCGUCGACACCAGAGCCUGCUGGGAUGAAGCUGGCCACCGGAGAAGCACGAGAAGAUCUGAUCCGAGUCUGGUGAAAACAGCGCGGCGCGGUGAGCAGCUGGGACCGUCUGGGCUUCAGGAGAAGAGGAGGAAACGACGCCUGUUGCCAACAUGAUGGAAGAAAUCGACAGAUUCCAGGUGCCGAGCGCGGUGCAGGAGGCAGAGAUGCAGUCUGAGAUGCAGCCGCUGGAUCCUGCUUCAUCCACUGCUUCAGAGGCAGACUCAGACACCAGGGAGGGAGAACCAGUUACUGUCAACUACAAGCCCUCACCCCUGCAAAUGAAAAUAGAGAAACAAAGAGAGCUGGCCAGGAAGGGCUCGUUAAAGAACGGCACCACUGUAGGUAGUCCCGUCAACCAACAGCCCAAGAAGAACAACGUGAUGGCCAGAACACGGUUGGUAGUGCCGAAUAAAGGCUAUUCCUCUUUAGACCAGAGUCCAGAUGAAAAGCCCCUUGUGGCUUUAGAUACAGACAGCGAUGAUGAUUUCGACAUGUCUAGAUACUCUUCAUCAGGCUACUCUUCUGCUGAG